UUCUCAGGCCAGGAAGGCAGCUGCGCGGCUACCGCGGCGUUGGAGAAAGAGCUAGGGGAAGGAAGGAGCCGCAGAUAGCGCGAGGCAGCAGCCACUGCCUGGUGCCCACUGGCAUCCAGUUCAGUUUGCCCCCCUGCAGCCAAGGCAAGCGAGCCCCAUCUCAGCUCUGCUCAGGCACUGGACUUUGUUGGUGGUGGUUGUUCAGAAUUUAUUUUAAUUAUUAUUUUUGUCUUCUUGAAGGAGUGUGCGGGUGUGGGGGGGAAGAACUCAGAUCUCUUUCCAUCUCUUCACUCCCAAUACAUAUCCCUCCCCACUCUCUCACCCACCCUUCAGUUCGGUGUUUGGAGUUUAAAAAAAAAAGGUGGGGGGAGAGAAAAGCGCAGUGGCAUGUCCCUGUCCUCUUCAGUCCUGCCCCCCGAAGUGGAGAUGUGCAAGAGACAAGCGAGGGAGCGGAGCUUGUGAGACGCAGAGCCGGAACCAUGUACCUGCGGCCCCUGCCCCUUGUCGUGGUCCCGGGCUUCCUCCAGCUGCUAUUUUGUGACAGCAAAAAAAUAGCACAUGCCUCAGAGGGGCUGGAUUGGGAAGACAAAGAUGCUGCAGACACACUGGUCGAUAACGAGGUCCACUCCAGGAUCAUCAAUCCUUUACGCCUGUUUGUUAAACAGUCUCCAGUGUCAAAGCCCGGUCAGAUGUCAUAUGCAGACAGCAUAGAAAACUUUUGGGAUUGGUUGUCCAACAUCACGGAAGUGCAGGAGCCAUUGGCAAGAACUAAGCGUAGGCCAAUAGUAAAAACAGGGAAAUUUAAGAAAAUGUUUGGAUGGGGUGACUUCCAUUCCAACAUUAAGACUGUGAAACUCAACCUUCUCAUCACGGGAAAAAUUGUCGACCAUGGCAAUGGAACCUUUAGUGUUUAUUUCCGACACAACUCCACGGGUCUGGGUAAUGUCUCAGUGAGUCUGGUACCACCAUCCAAAGUGGUAGAAUUUGAAGUCUCCCCUCAGUCCACUUUAGAGACCAAGGAGUCCAAAUCUUUCAACUGCCGCAUUGAAUAUGAAAAAACAGACCGGGCGAAGAAGACUGCAUUGUGCAACUUUGACCCUUCGAAGAUCUGCUACCAGGAACAGACUCAGAGUCAUGUCUCUUGGUUGUGCUCCAAACCCUUUAAGGUUAUUUGCAUUUACAUUGCCUUUUACAGUGUCGAUUACAAACUUGUGCAAAAGGUUUGUCCUGACUACAAUUACCAUAGUGAGACUCCAUAUUUAUCUUCUGGCUGAAUCUUUAUGAGAUGGCAGGACUGGGGGACAUUUGUGACUGGAAUAACUGAGAAUGGAUUUCAGCUCCUCACCAUAAAGAUUCCUUUUGUUUGGGACAGUGGACCUUGCUUCCUUACCAGGUUUUAAAAUGAUUAAAAAAAAAAAAGUCUUCAAGUCCGUGGCCGUGUUUGUGCUGUGUCAUAAGUAACCUACAGAGUCAAACUGUUUAUGUACUAUCACUUUCAUUUAAGAUGAUAAUCUGGAAAUAUUGUUGGUUUUUUUUUGUAAGGAAGGUAUCAGAUGGUAGCAACAUGAGACAAGAAAGGACACAAUUUUGCAUGUGAGAAGCACUGUUCUUGAAAAUGAGUCUGCCUUUCAGAUGUGUAUUAGAAUUCUGCUUGUAAAAAAUAGCAGAUACAGUGAAGCAGCUGAAAACUCUGCGUUGGACAGAAGAGUUGCAUUUCUAACAUUGACUUUUUUUUCAUAAUUUUCUUAUUUUCAUUCCCAUGUAAUCACUUUUAUGGGAAAUCAUAGAGAAAAACUUGUUUGAAAACUCACCGUUAAAGGAAGAAACUGUGCCACAGUGGAACUAAUACACAUUAAUAGAAGUAGAUGUGCUAUAGUGAAUUAACAUGGUUUGGUUUAUUAUUUUGACCCUAAUGCUUACAAUCUUUUCCAUCUGAAUAAUAAGUGUGAUGGAAGUGGGAAAAGCAUUGUGUUUAGAGAUAGAGGACCUGGGUUCAAAUCUUGGCUCUGCCAUUAACUACCUGUGUGACGUUGGGCAAGUCACUUCAUUUUUUGGA